UAUUAUUCUGCGUUACCUACCGGCAUCAUGAGCCACUGGCGCCACCAUCACCAUCGCCCUCAUCACCCCCCUUGCCACCCCCCUCACCAUCCUCCUCAUCAUCCCCCUCACCAUCCUCCCCACUGUCCACCUUACCAACCGCCUGAGCAAACCCCUGAGCAGCCCCCUGAGCAGCCCGAUGUGCAACCCCCUGAACAACCCCCUCUCCAACCCCCUCACCACAACAAAUACAUCGUUAUAAGAAACCCAGAAAGUGACUUGGUUUUGGAUGCCGACGAAGACGAGGUAAAACUCCAGGCUUUCAAUGGACAUGCAGGACAACAGUGGAAAUUGGAAAAUACAAAGGUUGGAACGUUCUAUUUUGUGAAUCAGGGCAAUGGAAAAGUGCUAGACAUACAAGGCGGAAUCAAAGAAGGCAACAAACUGAUCACGUUUGGAAACCAUGGUGCAGUUAACCAACAAUGGUUUGUGAAUUCGGACAACACCAUCGUCAGUGCUGAAGGAAACUUAGCGCUUGAUAUUUCUGGGGGAAAAUUGUCUCCGGGGACUAACAUCAUAGCGUGGACGAAACAUGGGAACGCUAACCAGGUGUUCAGUCUUCAAUAUCACUAGUUUUCCAAGGAGCAUUUGCCAUUAAAUAUCGUUUUAUUGUAACGAAUUAUGUAUCUGUAGAUGAAAAAUAAAAUUAAUCUACCGAAA